CGGGUAUGACGCGGUAGAGCGCCCAGCGGAGUUGGGGAGCGUCGGGCAGCCGGGGGUCAGUAUCCGACUCCGACUCCGCCUCCGCCUCCGCCUCCGCCUCCUACCGGGCUGUGCUCCCCCUUGGCCGCGCUCGGCCCCCAGGCUUGGGUUGCACAUGGGAGCCCAGGGCGCACAAGAUGCGGGCGCCGGCCAGGGAGCUGUUCCGGGACGCCGCCUUCCCAGCCUCGGACUCCUCGCUCUUCUCCAGCUUCUCCACACCGCUGGCCCAGUUCCGGGAAGACAUCACGUGGAAGCGGCCCCAGGAAAUCUGUGCCGCACCCCGGAUGUUUCCAGAUAACCCACAGGAAGGGCAGGUGAAGCAAGGGCUGCUGGGGGACUGCUGGUUCCUGUGCGCCUGCGCCGCCCUGCAGAAGAGCCGGCACCUCCUGGACCAGGUCAUCCCCCCUGGACAGCCGAGCUGGCUCGACGAGACGUACCGCGGCUCCUUCGCCUGCCGGGUCUGGCAGUUUGGACGCUGGGUGGAGGUGACCGUGGAUGACCGUCUGCCUUGUCUUGCAGGGAGACUCUGCUUCUCCCGGUGCCAGAGAGAGGACGUGUUCUGGCUGCCGCUGCUGGAGAAGGCCUACGCCAAGGUCCACGGGUCCUACGAGCACCUGUGGGCAGGGCAGGUGGCAGACGCCCUGGUGGACCUCACGGGCGGCCUGGCGGAGAGGUGGAGCCUGAAGGACCUGGCCCGCGGCGGCGGCGGCAGUGGCCCGCAGGACGGGCCCGGCGCCCCGGAGCCCAGGACGUGUCGGCAGCUGCUGGGCCUCAAGCAGCGGUGUCCCAUCAGCUGCUCGGUGUUCAGCCCCAGAGCAGGUGCCAGGGAGCUGGGGGAGUUCCACGCCUUCGUCGUCUCGGACCUGUGCGAGGUGCAGGGCCGGGCCGGGCAGAGCAUCCUGCUGCUGCGCAUCCACAACCCCUGGGGCCGGCGGUGCUGGCGCGGACCCUGGAGAGAGGGGGGCGAAGGGUGGAGCCGGGUGGCCCCGGGGGCCUCGCAGGCCCUGCUCUCCCAGCUCCAGGAGGGGGAGUUCUGGGUGGAGGAGGAGGAGUUUCUCCGCGAGUUCGACGAGGUCACCAUUGGCUACCCGGUCACGGAGGCCGGCCACCUGCAGAGCCUCCACUCAGAGAAGGUGCUGAGCCAUGCGCGGGCGCUGCCGGGGGCCUGGGUCCAGGGGCAGUCGGCGGGGGGCUGCCGCAACAACAGCAGCUUCCCCAGCAACCCCAAGUUCUGGCUGCGGGUCUCGGAGCCCAGCGAGGUGUGCAUCGCGGUCCUGCAGAGGCCCCGGAGGUGCGCGGCGGGCCGGGCCGGCCGGGCCCCGGUGGGGGGCGACCGUGCUGCGCCGAGCCCGGCGAGCGUCCCGGGCAGGGACUACCCGGCCGUGGGCCUGCACCUCUGGAAGGUAGAGAAGCGGCGGGUCAGCCUGCCCCGGGUCCUGUCUGCACCCCCCGUGGCCGGCACCGCCUGCCACGCCUACGACCGCGAGGUGCACCUGCGCUGCGAGCUGGCCGCCGGCCACUACCUGGCCGUGCCCAGCACCUUCCUGCAGGGCGUGCCGGGGCAGUUUCUGCUCCGGGUCUUCUCCAGCGGCAGCGUCUCCCUCAGCGCCGUCAAGACGGGGGCCCAGAGCCUGGGCCCCGGAGCGGCCCUGUCGGCGGGGGAGUGGGAGACCGUGCGGCUGCGCGGCUCCUGGCGGGCCGGCCAGACGGCGGGGGGCAGCAGGAACUUCGCCUCCUUCCCCAGCAACCCCUGCUUCCCGCUCUCGGUCCCCGAGGGUGCGGGCCCCCGCUGCGUCCGCAUCUCCCUGCACCAGCACUGCCCCAGCGGCGACUGCCACCCCAUCGGCUUCCACGUCUUCCAGGUUCCAGCGGACGGCGGGGGCCAGGGGGCCUCCCCGCUGCUGCUCCAGAAGCCGCUGGUGAGCUGUGUGCCGCAUCGCCACGCCCAGGAAGUGAGCCGGCUCUGCCACCUCCCUGCGGGGACCUACAGGGUCGUGCCCUCCACCUACCUGCCGGACACGGAGGGCGCCUUCACGGUGACCAUAGCCACCCGGAUAGACAGGCGCUCCAUCCACAGCCGGGAGAUGCUGGGGCAGCCCCUCCAGGAGGCCUCCUUCCGGGCGGUGAUGAGGACCUGACCGGCCAGCUCGGAGACGGGCGUCCUCGGGCUCCCGCCCGCUCAGGGAGUCGUCUGGCGGGUGCAGCAGGCAGGGCGAGAAGAGCCCCGCGCAGGCGUCCUGGUCUCCGAGCCGGGACGGCAGCCCCCGGGGGCCCUCCGGUCUUCCCUCGGGCCCGGGGAGGCCCUGCAGCCGGCGGGCCGGAGUGUCGCCACACGCGUGUGCCCCGUCUCGGGGGCGUGACUUUGCAAAUAAACAUGAGCACCGAGAA